CUCUCCCCACAAUCUGAGAGCGCAGCUGUUGUUGCGCAUCGUAGUGGAGAGCGCGCUCUGGGGUGAUGUCGAGCCUCGUGCUGCCUGCUGCGCAUUGCCACUGACGGAGCUCGAGCGCCUUCCUUAGUUGCCUUGCUGUUGCUGGUAGCGGAAUGUUUUCGCUCUCUUACAACGUUGGUUUCCAUAUGACAGCGCGACACUUCCCUUCCCUGGCCCGAGAGGACACCGUGCCAUUACCAUGAGUUGUUUGGAUGUUAUGUACCCAGCCUAUGGACAUUACGCACCGUACGCGCCAGCCGCCCCCGCGUUCAUCAACAGCUUCCAGGCACCCAUCGGUCUGAGGAGCCCCUCUCCUCGCCGCAGAGACUUCAUGAUGGAGAGUGCGGGGAUGCCAAGGUGUCCGGAGGGGGUAUCGGCGGGCAUCAGCACGGGCCCUGGCUCUUCCUCCUCCGCCUCUUCCUCAUCCUCAUAUCCCUGUGCCACUCGACAAGAGGAGUGCCAUAAGGAGAAACAGGAAGUGCCCGAGGCUGAGUACCUGACGUCGCGUUGUGUCCUCUUCACGUACUACCAAGGGGACAUCAGCAGUGUGGUGGACGAACACUUCUCCAGGGCACUCAGCUCCUACAUGGAGGGAGAGGGCAAGAGGAGGGCAUCGGACCUGGGCACAGAUACCCCUUCACCCAGCAGUCGCCGCAGUUUCCCCCCCUCCUUCUGGGACAGCAGCUACCCCUCCCCCCAAAGUCGCUCCCACUGCGAACCCGGAAUGCCCACCUAUUCCAUGGACCCCUACACUUCCGGACUCCACCCGGGCAUUCCGCACCCUCACGCCCAUCCUCACCCCCACGCUCACCCCCACUCACACCUCCACCCAUCAGAGGGGUGGGGCUACACCCCGAGCCAGGCCUACGGGCCCCCCAGGCCACUCCAUGAACUCUACUCCCCCGGUGGCCUGGAGCCCCACCACACCUACAGCCCCCUGCUCAUGCCCACCAUGCGGCCCCACCAUCUGGGCUCCCUCCCCGGGCACCACCCCUAUGACGUCAGCAAGCUGGACCCCACCGCGCCCUGGCCGAGCCUGCUGCCCCCCGGAGAGAUGGUCCUCAACAUGGACGCAGGCCUCCAGCAUCACAAGAAAGGCAAGGACCUGUACUGGUUUUAACAACCCUCCUCCGUCGCCAUCGACCAGCCAUUACCGGAUCCAAUUAGGACGUCUGGACCUGUACCAUUGAAGCGCCCCCUCCACGCCGCCCCCUCGUCCCCCUUUAUCCCUCAUCCAACACCCCCCCUGGUCCCCCCUCAUUUGCCCUCGCUUCCCCCCCCCCAGGCCCACAGUGCCAGCGCAGCCGAGAGGCUCCAGGUCGGCAUGUGUGCACCAUGGAGAUAAAGACUCAGAGGCUGGGCUCAUGGAGAGCAGAGCAGAGCAGAGACGGAGAGAGAAAAGAUGUACAGCCUUGGAGACCACUGCUCUGCGUUCUGUGACGACUGGCCUAUCUCUCUCCUCUCCUAUCACUGCUCAGGGCUCAGCUGUGUGGUGUAGCAGCAUAGAGACCAUUGGAGGCCACUAGCAAUGUGCUAACAACAGUGUCCUGGUUUGGAUAGAAAGACAGAGAGGGACAGGCUCAUAAGAAACUUCCUUUGGACACAGGGGAAGUGCAAACAAAGACGGAUGAGAUAUCAAAUCAAAUCAAAUUUUAUUCAUCACAUGCUUCGUAAACAACAGCUGUAGUCUAACAGUGAAAUGUUUAUACCGGUCGCCCAUUCUUUCACUACACCCCUCCCUACUGCAGGGUCUCUUCUCUGUGUUGACACUGCGCUCGUCAUCCAUAUUAUCUGGGCAGUUAUCUGCAUUUCAACAAAUGGACAUGUGAUGAUUGGACUGGCUGUGUAUGGAUUUGGAUUGUGACUGUAAUCAUAAUGCUGUUUUUUUUUAUUUUCUAUUUAUUUGUGUUUUAAUGUGCAUUUUUGGCCAGUGCUCUGGAAAUACUGUGGUUGUGGUUUAUUAAAAGAUGAUUAAGGGAUGGUUGAGAAACGGUUGAAUAAUGAUUGCAGGAGGCUAGCAUUAAGGUGUUGGACAGUAUUUGUUGAUCUAUGAACUAACCUUUUAGUUUGAGGAAAGGAAACACUACAGUGUAUUGUAAUGAUCAGCCCAUUUAAUAAUAAGCAUAUCAAGCUGUUGAUCAAGUAUUGUAUUAAUAAUGACUUUUAAUAAUUUGAAUGUGUUCCAUUGAUGUUCAUUUCAUUAUACACAUGAUUUUUAGUCGUUUUAAAAUGUGGACCUUAGAAUUGUUCUGAGAUGUUAUUCAGGGUGUGUAUUCUCUUGCUUUUGUCGAGAAAUAACAUUAUUGUCAAUAAAUAUUUUUAUGGUAAA